AUGUUUUCCACCAUAGUAUUGGCCUUGCUGGUCUCAUUUGCACUCUAUGCAUUGAAGAUAUACACACAGUUCGCUCGAAAUCUGACCGCCGCAAAGACGUCAGGAAUUCCCUACGUGAUCAUCCCUUUCUACCAGGUCAAUAGACUUUAUCAGCUCUCACAGAUAUUCCUCGUCCCUAUUGUGCGCAAGUUGCCCGCCUCCUGGACCGAGCUAUGGUUUGACUUGACGUUGGAAUGGGCAUGGGCCCGGCGAUAUGAACCCUUCAAGCGCUUGGGCACCGACACAUUCAUCACUGUCAGCCCCGAACGAAACGAACUUUAUACAGCAGACGCUGCCGUUAUCAGCCAGAUCACAAGUAGAAAGAACGACUUCCCGAAAGCACUCGAGGUGUACGAGUCUAUCAAGCUAUACGGGAACAAUGUGAUAACAUCAGAAGGCCAACUGUGGAGGCACCACAGAAAGAUCACAAGUCCCCCAUUCUCCGAAAAGAAUAACCAUCUGGUAUGGACGGAGACUCUGGAACAAUGCCAGGCGAUGCUCAAUGACUGGUUCGACGGCAAUACCGGAAAGACGGAGAGCAAGACAAUUUACACACUCGCGGACGAUGCAAUGAGACUGAGUCUCUAUGUGAUCAGCAGGGCCGGCUUUGGGGUACAUUUACAGUGGCCGGGGACUGAAGGAGCCCAUGCCAACGGGGGGUGUCAAAAACGGAGAAGAGCGCAAAGUAUCAAGCCCAGUGACUGCCCAGGGACAUAG